AUGGCGGAUCAUGACUCCAAAGCAGAACAGAAGGUCAUGACUAAGAAGAAGAAGCGAAAGCAUAGAAGCGGAGAAGAAAGAGAAUCUCAACAAGGACCUCCAAAAGCCUAUCGUAUUGAUCCGUCGGAGAGAGAAAUUGAGGAACGCAAAGCAGAGUCAGAAGUUGAGAGAGAAACAAGAGUGAAACUUGACCAUGGGCAUCCUUGGGGAAAUCUGCAACUAAUUUUAUCACUUCAGGACAAAGAUAUUGAUAUUCAGAAAGAACUUCCUUGCAGAAAAGUCGAAUUGGCAUUUGAUUAUGUGAAACUGAAAGCUAGCGAAGAAGAGGAUGACAGCGGCCAAGUUCUAGAGACAGUUAACAUUUCACGAGUAAUUGUGUUCCUCAACAAUUGGGUCCUGUCAUUGUUGAUUUCUUCAGAAAAGACAAUUAGAGUUGAAGGAAAUAAAUUUGAGCCUAGCACCAUUUGGUAUUGCUUUGAUUGCAGAUGCUGGGAGAUAUUCAAGUUCUGCUUAGAGGAGUCUUUGAAAAUGCAUAUUUCAUUGAGCUUCUCAAAGGACUUGUUACGUGUUAUUCACUGCAUUGCAAAAGAUGCAUUGUACCAACUGAAUCACGUGUCCCAGCAUUUUGAGACGUCAGUUUGUAGUGGUGACAGGUUUGAACUGCACAGUAUCGUUCUUGAUUGCAUUUCUUUGGUUUUCACAUCCCAUGGUGGGGUUUCAAAUGAAAAUUUGGACUUAUGGAUUUCGACUAUUGGUACACUUCUUGAGCUUAUCCAUAAAAUACUAAGUGACAAGCUUGUUGGUGGUAAGGUUGGUAUGUUUGUCCUGCGGUUGUCUUGUAUUAUGCUUGAACCAUUUGCAAGGUUUUUGAGGGUCCAUCCAGCUCGGAAAAAUGGUUUCCGCGAUUUCAUAGAUAAGCUGCUUGAGCCUCUGCUGAAUCUGUUGGAUGUGAUAAAUAUUUAUGUUUCUGGCAAAUGCCCCGAGUGGACAAGAAAUCUAUUGAAUUUGGUUGAAGUUGUUCUGUCUCAGGGUUGUUCCACCCAGCUCACAUUGAUGGGUUUUUGA